UUGCCGGGGAUCUCUCUGGGUAACUUGCUUUAGAGAACUAGCACCAUGGCGUCUGGCUGCAAGAUUGGCCCGUCCAUCCUCAACAGCGACCUGGCCAGUUUAGGGGCGGAGUGCCUUCGGAUGCUGGACUCUGGGGCCGAUUAUCUGCACCUGGAUGCACCCUGCUCUUCAGGGAGGCAUUUUGUUCCCAACAUCACCUUUGGUCACCCUGUGGUAGAAAGCCUCCGAAAGCAGCUAGGCCAGGACCCUUUCUUUGACAUGCACAUGAUGGUGUCCAGGCCGGAACAGUGGGUAAAACCAAUGGCUGUAGCAGGAGCCAAUCAAUAUACUUUUCAUCUCGAGGCUACUGAGAACCCGGGGGCUUUGAUCAAAGACAUUCGAGAGAAUGGAAUGAAGGUUGGCCUUGCUAUCAAACCAGGAACUACAGUUGAGUAUUUGGCACCAUGGGCUAAUCAGAUAGAUAUGGCCUUGGUUAUGACAGUGGAACCUGGGUUUGGAGGGCAGAAAUUCAUGGAAGAUAUGAUGCCAAAGGUAAAAGAAGUAUUUGGUUCUGGGGUUCACUGGUUGAGGACCCAGUUCCCGUCUUUGGACAUUGAGGUUGAUGGUGGAGUAGGUCCUGACACCAUCCAUAAAUGCGCAGAGGCAGGAGCUAACAUGAUUGUGUCUGGCAGUGCCAUUAUGAGGAGUGAAGACCCCAGAUCUGUGAUCAACCUGUUAAGAAAUGUUUGCUCAGAAGCUGCUCAGAAACGUUCUCUUGAUCGAUGAAACCACAAGGAGUCCAGGGUUUCUGCUUAUGAGAUCUCCUUUUUUUUGGAAAACAAGAAUAUUGACUACCAAAUCAUACCACAGUUGAGGCAGUGCUGCUUUUCCGAGCAAUUAUUCGUUCCAGUGACUAAAAUCCAUUUUGCAGAAUGUUCCAAGAGGUUAGAAAUUGGUGUGUAUUACGUUUUCAGUGAUGAAAUUUAAAGAUUAGUGUGGUAAAAUACCAUUUUUACUGGGAGACUUGAUUUUUAUAAAGAGUAAAAAUAUGGCUGUAUCAAGGUUAUGAACAGAAAUGUGUCUUAAUGCCUAAGGAAGGCAUAUUAGCUACUAUGAAAAAAAAUUUUUUUCUGUA